AUGAGAAGCACCUGGACAGUCUUUGGCCUCGCUGCCGUCGCCGGCCUCGCUGAUGCCGCGCCAGCCGACCAAAAGAUCAAAUGUCCGGCUGGGCCUCGCCUGGCCCAUUGGCCGCCCGAGGCCGCCAAGGCCCUCAAUCAAAUGAUUGCGCGCAAUGCGCACAAGGGUCGCUAUGCCGUCUUCGACAUGGACAACACCAGCUACCGCUUCGAUCUCGAGGAGUCCCUGCUGCCCUUUCUCGAGGCCAAGGGUGUCUUGUCGCGCGACAAGCUCGACCCUUCCCUGAAGAUCGUCCCCUUCCAAGACACUGCCUCCUACACCGAGAGCCUGUACAGCUACUACCUUCGUCUGUGUGAAAUCGACGAUGCCGUCUGCUACCCCUUUGCCGCGCAGGUAUUCGGCGGCCUGCCGCUGCGACAGCUCAAAGCCUACGUGGACGAGCUCAUGGCCUUCAACGGCACCAUCCCCGUGCAGUACUACGAAGAGGGCGUCCUGACCAAUGCCACCGUGAGCCCGCCCAAGGUCUUCCGCGGCCAGGCUGAGCUGUACAAUCGGCUCAUGGCCAACGGCAUCGAGGUCUACGUCGUCAGCGCCGCCUCGGAGGAACUCGUGCGCAUGGUCGCCUCGGACCCCAAGUACGGGUAUAACGUGAAGCCCCAAAACGUCAUCGGCGUCACCCUCCUGAUGAAGGAUCUCCAGAGCGGAAACGUCACCUCGGCGCGAAAGCAGAUCAAGGAGGGCGACUACAGCGAGAGCAAGAAUCUCGACUUGGUCAUGACGCCUCUCCUCUGGACUCCGGCCACGUGGAAGGAGGGCAAGUGGGCGGCUAUUCUGGACUACAUUGACCCUUGGAAGCGUCCCAUCUUGGCCGCUGGUGAUACGCCCGUGAGUGACGGGCCCAUGAUUUUCCAGGGCGUCGAUGUUGGCCGUGGUGGCAUUCACCUGUGGGUGAACCGCAAGGACAAGUACAUGGAGCAGAUCGACAAGAUGAAGAAGGACUUUGCUGCCGCCCAGGAGCGCGAGGGUUUGCCCGUGUGGGCGGACAAGAAUUGGGUCACUGUGAAGCCCGACGACAUUUUGUGA